ACCUGUGCCCUGGCCGCCGACGUGGACGACGAGAACACCUGGUGGCAGUUGAAGGCCAUGGACACCGGGGAGCUGCUGUCCAAGAUCAUCAGCGAGGAGGCGACGGGGCAACCCGAGCUCUCCGCGACACAGCCCUCGGUGGCCGCGCAGCCGCUGGACAUCGCUCCCAAGAAGGCCCCCGUCGUCGGGACGGUCAACCUGGCCGCCGCCAACAACUACACGGCCGAAUCCCACACGGUGCGGACGUCGGACGGCUACCUGCUCACCUUGUUCAGGCUGGCCAACCCGGGCCGGCCGGUCGUGCUGCUGGCCCACGGCCUGCUGUCCUCCUCGGCAGAGUUCCUCGUCCUGGGCAGGGGCCGAGCUCUGGCUUUCCUGCUCCAGGAGGCAGGCUUCGACGUCUGGCUGUUUAACGCUCGCGGCACCACGCCCUCCAGGCGGCACGAGACCAUCAGGCCGUACAGGGCCAAGUUCUGGGACUUCAGCUUCCACGAAAUCGGCGUUUUGGACAUGCCUGCCUCGAUCGACUUCGUGCUUAACAAGACCGGCCACACGCAGCUGCACUACGUGGGCUUCGGCCAGGGCAGCACAGUGCUCCUCGUCAUGGGUAGCGAGCGCCCGGAGUACAUGGAGAAAGUGAAGACGUUCGUGGGGCUGGCCCCCGUGGCCUUCACCAGGGACAUCCGCUCCUUUCCGCUCAGGUUCCUGGCCGUCGCCCCCAGCAAGCUGUAUUUUGUGCUCAAGCUCGUUGGCAUCAACGAAUUCCUGCCGAGCUCCAAACUGAUAUCUUUCCUAGGCGACAUGCUCUGUUACGACGGGAAAGCAGGCCAGGCCCUCUGCACCAAUAUGCUAUUCCUGCUCGCGGGCACCGACACGGACCAGAUGAACACGACGGUGCUGCCCGAUCUGUUCGCCAACGUUCCGGCGGGAGCUUCCACCAAGCAGCUCCUGCACUUCGGACAACAGGUCAUGCACCGCCACCUUGUCUUCAGGCAGUUCGACUACGGCCGCUGGGGGAACCUGAAGAAAUACAAGACAUCCAAGCCACCCGAUUACGACCUAGCCAAAGUCACCGCACCCACUUACCUCUACCACGCGGAAAAUGACAUCCUCUGCGUCCAGUCGAACAUAGACGAGCUGACACACAAACUGGGCAACAUCCAGAAAAAUGGCGUUCGCAAGGUAGCGAACGCCAGGUUCAGCCACUUGGAUUACGUCAUCGGCAAGAACGCCAAGGAGCUGGUGUACGACGACCUGAUCGAUGUGCUCCACAAGCACGACGGUCACGCAGGCAGCACCACGGCGGCCGGAACUACUGCCAGCAGCAGCACCACCACCACGUCCACGACUCCUCACGAACACGACACCAGUGCCAUCACGACGCCCGAGCCCGCAGCUAACGCCUCGCCGACAAUCGCGGCUGCCAGCACGACAGAGAAGCAGGUCUCGGUCCCUGUCCCGACAGAAGCGUAGUGGUGGCCCCGAGGAGCGGCGUCGAGCGAGAGGCCCUUCUGCGAGCGAGAGCGAACGCCAUCGGCACGCCGUCCCAGGGGAGUCGACAUGGAGUUGGUCCUCGGGUCCUCAACUCGGUCGCUUUAAAAUGAGACUUCAAUGUGGACGCUA